UGGCAAUCACUGGCCCGAACACCACGGAAGACGGAAUGAGGUUAUUUCGUUAUCAGAUUACUUUGCCGUUCCCAUUUCUACUUAAACAACAUCGAUCGAUGUACUAACCUGAAACCUGACAGACAUGUGUGCCACCGUUGUGGAGGCACCGUUUACUCAAAGAAACUGUGACACCUUGCAUCCAUCCGACACUACUUUCCUCAAUCACCUUACUCCGCUUGAGGCACUUCGUGAUUCUCCGGUGUUUCGGCAAGCUGUUUGCAGAGCCGAAUUAAUUGCUGCUCGAAUCCAGGCGCAAUAUGAUUUAACAGUUGAAAAUUGCCGGCUGGCUAUCACGGCCGGGAAAGCGUUUGCAUCCGCUUUGUCUAACCUUGCACACUGCAUGAAUAUGGACCGGUUACCAAAGACAACGUGCUCCUUCUCGGAUGUCCCUUCCCGCUGGUCUGGUCUGAACUGUGAUGCAUCAAGUGGCCUGCAACAAGUCAACUCGUACCUAAUUGGAUUCGCUUCCUACGCUGCUCAACUAGUAAACCGUCUAGACGAACCGGAGAGAAUUAUCGUAGAUGCAAGGAGGCAGCAUGAUCGGCUGUUUGAUUUGCGUGCAAAUUUCCAUCACAGUGGGGAACAGUUGAACUCAUUUAUGCAACGGUCAGCAAACUUGAACACUAGCAGAUCCCAAACUGAUGUCAAUUCCACUGAUACACACGUGACGGAGUUACGUAAUAUGUAUCGGGCAACCGCUUCAGCUUACCUUACUGGUUUGCGGAAUGCUAUCGGCUCUAGUCCCAUGCUGGGUUACUUGCAUGCAAACAGCGCACUUGUGUCUGCCAUCCAGGAAUUCGUUGAACAUCUGGACAAAAAUGUUGAUGAGAAAAACUCUUCUCCAAUCUCGCAUUUCUUGUUAGGGAGUUUCCUGAACAGACUGACUACGUGGGUGGAAACCGGUCGGCGGAGUGCUUCGACAUGGGACCAAUAUACCAAUCAACACAACCUAGAAGAACACAAACCCAGUCGUCCCACAGCUCAAGGUGUUACACUGGAAGGUUACCUGUUCAAACGUGCUGCAACGCGUUCAUGGCGCACUUGGGCUCGCCGUUGGUUCCGAUUGCGGGAUAACAAACUCAUGUAUUGCAAGCCUGUCACCAAUCUCUCCAGGUCAGACUUGAAGUCAGUCACUGAUGCAGCUUUGCUGGAAAUUCGCCACCAAAUACACAACAAUCAAACGAGUGGUAGUACAAUUGUGUUAGCUAAUGGUAAUUUUCGCCUGGAUGAUCAACGUACCAGUGUCGCUGCGACUUCAGCUACUUUGACGCCGACUACCCUGUCAGAUGAUCUGCUGACAAAUCUGUCCGACCGUCUGCUACGCCAGUUCGAACCCCAAUGGAAGACAAUGGAAUCAGAUUUACGACUAUGUACUGCUCGAGAGAGUUGUUCCACGCCAGACAGACGCUUCACUUUCGAAUUGAUCGCCCCCGGAAAUCGGAUCCACUUGUUGCAAGCUGAUUCCUAUGACCAGAAGGAACGCUGGAUGCAGGCGCUCCGAUCUGGCUUGUUGCAUCUUCAACAACCUUCUGGGCAUACCAGUUACAACGACAGGUCUAAGAACCCCGACGACCUUGGGGGUCUCCCACAUGGCACCCCACCACUGCUUGCUCAGUCUAUAGGGAACCUGGACGGUGACCAAAAUCGUAGUAACAGUGUACGAACAACGUUCGCCGGUGUUUCUCAACAGUCACUUCCGGACUAUGAUCUACUGCGAAGUCAGGGUGGCGUCAUACUAUGGCGUGAACCAGACAGGGCGGGAAAUCGCCGGUGUGCUGAUUGUGCUGCUGAUGAAGCUAUUUGGGCUAGCAUCAAUUUGGGUGUCACCCUGUGUACUCAGUGUGCCGCAGCCCAUCGUGGUCUUGGUGUUCACGUAUCCAAAAUACGAUCUCUGACUCUUGACAAUUGGGAGCCGGAACUACUGCAUUUGAUGCUCAAUUUGGGCAACAAUCUAGUCAAUCGAAUUUUCGAGGCAAACCUCACCAAGGAUCCCACUCGAAUACAUCGACCCAACGUACACAGUUCGAGUGAUGAACGCCAACAGUGGGCCAGAGCUAAGUGGGCACAAUGUCAGUUUGUCCGUCAUCUGUUGGCUCGCUUCCCGGACGGAACGAAAACUUCCGCGUGGGUUUACGAAUUGUAUGACCACUGGUCAGAGCUUCGCAAAUUAGCCCAAGCACACUAUGGGCAACCAGAUGGACAAAAACAGCCACAGAACUCCCAAGCUAUUCGUGCCACAACGGACCGUUGCAAACGACGCUAUGCUAUACUAUCGGAUCUAUGCAAUACCCUGGAUCGAAUGCAGGAACAAACAAUCGCUUUUGAUGAUCGUACCAAACGGCGCGCAACGUUCUUUCGCACUGCGGAACAGGAGAGUGCCGCUACCAAACUUCUGCGUACCGGUGCUCAAUUAGGAUGUCCUCCACUCAUGCUUGCUGGUCUGGCCGCUGGAGCUCAUCCAGACGGCGAACGGAAUCCUUCAGGAAAUGGCUCUGAGGACCCUUCGUAUACUCCUCUAGUUUGGGCAGUUAGAAGUGGUUCGUUGGCUGCUUGUCAGUUUCUUCUACUUAAUGGGGCUGACAUCGAUGCACAAGAUCAUCUCGGGCGCACAGCCCUAUAUCACGCCUGCAAACUUCAGCGCGUUCACAUUGUCUGCCUUCUGCUACGCCGACGAGCCGAUCCAAGUCGUGCAGACCACAACGGCAAACUCCCCUUAGAUGUCGCAGUGGAUAUGAAGAACGCAGACAUUGUAACCCUUCUGCGUUUGCAGCGGCUACAGGACGAACAUAAAGAUUCAGGUAACAACUUGAGCGAUGACAUUGUCACAGACGUUUUUCGGGACUACACUUCACGAGCAUACUUUUGCGAAUCAGACACGGAGUCGGACAACACAGAUUUCAGCGAUUUCACUGAGCUUCGACAUUCGAGGAGUUCCCCAAACAUCAGUUUGACUUCCCCAAGAUCCAGACAACCAGACGAGAUUCAUUCUUCAUGUUCGAAUAACCCAACGGUUCAAUGUGUUCGUGUUCCCCGAAUACUGUCCCAAGUGCCGACAGCCGAUGCACGACGUAGGUUCGCCUCUCCCUCGUCCACACACAACGACGCCUGCAGAGUACAGUCGCCGAAAUCUACCAAUGGAGUAAAGUACAUCCAAAUUCGCCGAUUGGCUACAAACGAACGGACCUAGAAUCUGGUUAUUCAUCCGUUCAUUUGUUCGUUUUGUUUUUCUUUUUCAUCACGUUUUGUACACAGACAUCAGAGUAUCCACUUUUCUACCGUAAACCAAUCAACUAUCAACUUGCAAUCAUUUUCUUUAUUUUUACCGAUUUACGUGCCCUGAUCAUUUGACUGGUAUUCUGCUAGCUGUUUCGUGCUAAUUUAUCACGUUACGCUACACCUGGAUCCAGAAUGCUCAAUUCUUUCUUUCAUUCCUUUGUUUUUCCUGCUUUGUUAUCCCUUUACAGUGAGGUUUUUAUCUUUCCUCCACUCCCAGCGAUCUACUUAACCAUGAUAGUUUGUACUAUUUUCACUCUUGAUUCAGUUUUGCUUGUUUGCUGAAGAAGACUGGUUCCGUU